AUGUCCAAGAUCGCCAGAAGGGCUCUCGUAGGAGCAUCGCGCUUCACGCCCGCCCCGAUCUCGGGGCAGCUUGCUCAGCAGACCCGAUCUCUCGCUACAUCUUCCAGAAUCACACCGGCGCCUACGUCUCGGAUACGAUCACCUCGAGUAUCAGUGGGACGGAGAGUAGGAUCUCAGCUCAGCCGCCGAGCGCAGUCCACCUCGGCCUCAGCCUCGCAGCUCACCCGCCCCUGCCCAUCCUGCUCCGCCCCCCUCGCACCUUCCACUUCACCCUGCACCUCCUGCUCGACCCUCAUCCCUCUUCCUUCAGGCCUAUCCCUGCACUCCCUCCUCGCUCUCUCAUCGCCUAUCCCCUCCCCCACGCCCUCGAGAACACCAUACGACAUUCCGAGCGAGCUCUCCACACUACCAGCGAGAGGCUUCGACCUCCAGCCCCGCGAGCUCCGGAAUAGGAUGCUGGUGCGCCAGCGGGAUCUCCAUCCGGACAAGUUCGGUUCGAGUGGAGAACGGUUAGUAAGCCUAGCGAAGGAGCUGAGUGGGCGGGUGAAUAUGGCGUAUGAGAUACUGGCGGACCCGCUCAAGCGUGCAGAGUACAUUUUGUCGGUACAUGACCUACCAAUGGAAGAGACCGAUAGUCUCACGGACCCCAUGCUCCUAGCGGAGAUCAUGGAGGCGAGGGAAGAGCUGGAGGAGGCGCAGAGCGAGGCGGACGUGGACGGGCUGAGAGAAGCCAAUGCUGAGAAGGUACAAGCGACAAUAGCGGAGCUGCUCGUGGCAUUCUCGGCCGACCCGCCUGAUUUGAAGGAAGCGAAGGAUCUCGCGGUGCAGCUGCGGUACUGGAUGGGGUUGGAGGCGGCGGCGAAGGAGUGGACGCCGGAGAAGGGGGCAGGGGGGAGCGCUGGGUCGAGUUUCACUCAUUCAUAG